AUGGAUGCAAAGAUUUACUUACAGUCCUAUGGAUGGAAAGAAGGAGAAGCAUUGAAACAAGGGGGUUUGAGAAAACCAAUUCUUGUCAAACAUAAAAAAGACACUAAAGGUUUAGGACAUGAUACUAAUGAUGCUGAGGCAUGGUGGGAAAGACUUUUCGAUGGGCAGUUAAAAAAUUUAGAAGUGAAAAAUGGAUCAGCAGGUGCAGUUAGCUUUGAGCAAAAUAAUGAAGCGGUGGAGAAAGAUGUUAGGAAGGCAACCUCACCGUUAUAUAGAAUGUUUGUUAAAGGCCAAGGUUUGGCUGGAACUGUUGGGAAGACCAAACACACACAAGUCAAGAGCACUAAAUUAGACGGAUCCAAGGUGUUCGAAGCGGUAACAGAGAACCUCAAGGAAGACGGUCCAAUUAAAAGUAGCAAGUCCAAGAGCAACAAGAAGGAUAAAGAUAUAAAGGAAAAGAAAGUACGCGAUAAAAAAUCAAAGAAAGAUAAGGAAGAGAAAAAGAAUAAGAAGAAGAGUAAAAAGAAUGAAAAGAUAGAAUUGGAUAAAGUAGACUUGGAAACUAAAAAAAUAACGAAGGAGAAAAAAGAAAAGAAGGAAAAGAAGGAAAAGAAGACUAAAAGGAUAGAAUCCGACAAGAAAGAUAAAGACGAAAAAAUACGGUCAAGUAGUACAAAUAAAUCUGAAAAGAAACGUAAGAGGGACGAUAAGAUGGAAAAAGAUGAUUCUUCCUCUAAGAAGAAGAAAAAGUCGGUAACCACUGCUUAA